AUGUUUCAGGAAUCGGUGUGGGGUUUACCUGCGGUGGCGCAUGCCCUAGGUUUCUUGAACAUUGUAAGUGGCCAGAAUGCCGUGCAGGAGGGUGCGGAGAAAAUUGACGGUUCGGGGGUUGAUUACGUCAGUGACGUCAAUGGCCGCUUAGGACUAGUUAAUGCCAGUCGCCACAAGUCGAUCACCACAACUGGGGAAACCUUUGUGACAAUCAACGAAUUUAUCAUAAUGACCCGCAAAAAUCUGUCUGAUGAAGACCGAAAUCAACGGGAACUUGGGAACGUUAAUGUCUGGGUACUCGGCUCGAGUAUUGGCUCCUUGGCUUCUGCAGUUUUCUUGAUUCGGGAUGCAAAAAUACCUGCUCCUCAGAUUCAUCUCUUAGAGUCCCGGGAGCACCAGCAGAUGGACUGCCCACCACAGGUGAUGCGGUGA